AUGAGAUCUACAAUCUUUGCUGCCAUGUUUGGUUUGGCCACCGCAAUGCUCAUCAACGGAGCCUCGGUGGCAAACGAGAAAACAUUCCACGGCGACGAUCCAGGCUUCAACCAUGCUGGCUGCCCGCCUGGUUCCUGUCCGAUCAGCUGCGAUCGCGGACUUUGCCAUUGCUUGCCUUGUGGCGAUAUCGACUAG